GGAGCGAGCGGCCAGGCCCGCGCGGAGCCGCUGCCGGACGCCUCGGGUCCUGGGGCGGGGGACCAUGGACCCCGCCGCGGGAGCCUUCCUCGGGAUGCUCUUUCUUUUGUCUGCUCGGCCCUGGAGCCCAGUAGUGGCAGGGAAUACUUAUAACUGUGAUGUUCCGCUGGCGUCCACCUUGCCGCGAGAGUCCUUCAGCAGCUCGUCGGAGCUGUCCAGCAGCCACGGCCCGGGGUUUGCAAGUCUUAAUCGCAGAGAUGGGGCUGGUGGCUGGUCUCCACUUGUGUCAGAUAAAUACCAGUGGCUGCAGAUUGACCUUGGAGAGAGAAUGGAGGUCACAGCUGUGGCCACCCAGGGAGGGUAUGGGAGCUCUGACUGGGUGACCAGCUACGUCCUCAUGUUCAGUGACGGCGGGAGGAACUGGAAGCAGUAUCGACGGGAAGAAAGCAUCUCGCCUAAACCAAGUAGAAAAUGUCGACUAAUUAGUGAAGCUAAUUACUAUUGUAUUGAAAGACACAACAACCUUAUAGUGCUCUACAAGAGCAACAAAGAUGACUCCAAAGAUUUAAGGGAAAGCUGUUCUCAGACCUCAACCAGAUGGGUAGUUAAGGAUAUGGAAACCUUAGCCAACCAUGGGAUGCUGUUUAUGCAGUGGGAGGCUUUUGGUGCCAAAUCUGAGAGUGAGAAGAAGUUUAACACUGUUUCCCCACAAAGCUGUACAGGGAUGAUGCCCUAUUGA